CAUAAUUUGAAUUCACUCCCCCACAGACUCUCUCCCUCUAUAACAAACUAACUUUGAACUGUGACAGCUCUGCCCCGUCCCAACUGUGUCUCUCCUCUCCCCUCCGUACAACCCAACCACUUAAAUUAAAAAAAGAGAAGCACAACAGAGAGAAAUAAAAAAGUUUUGAAUCAAUCAAUCAAUCAAUCUGUGUGUAUUUUCUCAUCCAUUUCUUCUUCACCGAUUACUUAACCAAAGAAAUGUCCGGCUUCGUAGGCAUUCUGGUCUCCGAUCCAUGGCUGCAAAACCAGUUCACACAAGUCGAGCUCCGCAGCUUGAAAGCUCACUUCAUGAACAUGAGGAGGGAGAGCGGGAAGCUGACGGUGGGGGAGCUGGCGGCCAAGAUGUCGCGUUUGAAGGUGGUGGGAGAGAAUCUGACGGAGGAGGAGAGAGCGUCGUUUAUCCACGAUUUGAAUCGAAACUUGGACGACGACGUCGAUUUCGAGUACUUUCUCAGAGUGUAUUUGACACUCCAAGGCCAUGCAACUGCUAGAACUGGAAGUAAUGCAAAGAAUUCAUCUGCGUUCCUCAAGGCUGCCACUACCACAUUGCUUCACACCAUUAGUGAAUCCGAGAAGGCCUCUUAUGUUGGGCACAUCAAUAAUUACCUCGCACAAGAUGAGUUUCUGAACCGAUACCUUCCUAUCGAUCCUUCAACUAACGAUCUCUUUGAGAUUGCAAAAGAUGGAGUUCUUCUCUGUAAGCUAAUUAAUGUCGCAGUCCCAGGAACCAUUGAUGAACGUGCUAUUAACACUAAGAGAGUACUCAAUCCAUGGGAAAGGAAUGAGAAUCAUACACUCUGCCUCAACUCUGCCAAGGCUAUUGGAUGUACCGUAGUCAAUAUAGGGACUCAGGACUUUAUUGAAGGAAGGCGUCAUCUUGUGCUUGGAGUGAUUUCUCAGAUCAUUAAGAUACAAUUAUUAGCAGAUCUCAACUUGAAGAAUACACCUCAGCUGGUGGAGUUGGUAGAUGAUAGUAAGGAUGUGGAAGAGUUGAUGAGUCUAUCACCAGAGAAGAUCUUACUGAGGUGGAUGAAUUUUCAAUUGAAGAAAGCUGGAUACAAAAAGAUAGUCACAAACUUCUCCUCUGAUGUGAAGGAUGGAGAAGCUUAUGCUCACCUCCUAAAUGUUCUUGCGCCAGAGCACAGUAAUCCAUCCACUUUGGCUGCAAAAGAUCCUUUGGCAAGAGCGAAGUUAGUUCUGGAACAUGCAGAUAGGAUGGGUUGCAAGAGAUACUUAACUGCAAAAGAUAUCGUGGAAGGUUCCCCCAAUCUGAACCUUGCUUUUGUUGCACAUAUUUUCCAGCAUAGGAAUGGGCUCUCAACCCAAACAAAACAGAUAUCUUUCCUUGAAACUUUGCCAGAUGAUGCCCAAGUAUCCAGAGAAGAGAGAGCAUUUCGCCUUUGGAUGAAUAGUCUUGGAAACUCAACAUAUAUCAACAAUGUUUUUGAAGAUCUUAGAAACGGGUGGGUACUUCUGGAGACCCUAGACAAGGUGUCAACAGGGAUUGUCAAUUGGAAGAUUGCAAAUAAGCCUCCGAUUAAGAUGCCGUUUAAAAAAGUAGAAAAUUGUAACCAAGUAGUGAAAAUUGGGAAACAAUUGAAGUUUUCCUUGGUUAAUAUUGCUGGAAAUGAUAUCGUGCAGGGAAAUAAAAAGUUGAUAUUAGCUUAUUUGUGGCAAUUGAUGCGAUACACCAUCCUCCAACUCUUAAAAAACCUGAGAUUUCACUCUCACGGUAAGGAAAUCACAGAUGCUGAUAUUCUAGAAUGGGCUAACACCAAAGUGAGAAACUCAGGAAGCCAGAGUCACAUCUAUAGUUUUAAGGAUAAAAGCUUGUCAGAUGGCAUUUUCUUCCUUGAGCUGCUCAGCUCUGUGCAGCCUAGAGCUGUAAAUUGGAGUCUUGUUACCAAAGGGAGAACAGAUGAGGAGAAAAAGAUGAAUGCCACCUACAUCAUUAGUAUUGCAAGGAAGUUGGGGUGUUCAAUAUUUUUGCUGCCUGAAGACAUAACUGAGGUAAAUCAAAAGAUGAUUCUUACAUUAACUGCAAGUAUUAUGUAUUGGUUCUUGAAAAACCCAGUGGAAGAUAGGCCAUCUGGAACUUCAGAUAGUGAAAGCGGAAGCCAAUCAGAGACGAUCUCAAAUUCUACAAUAGAUGACUCUGCUUCGGAGUCAUCCAUAGAGGAGAAUGGGAAUAUGUAAAUAUUUGAUGGCUGAUUUUAUUAUUAUUAUUAUUAUUAUUUUUUACUUCAUUUUUGCAUCAAAACCCCCUCCCCUGCUUUUCUCUUUUGAUUGAAAAGAUCAGGAUUUGACAGUGUAGAAGUAUGAGCGAUUUAAAGUAAAAUUUGCAGAAACCAUCUGCUUUUGUGAAUAGUGUUUUUUACUUAGUUUUUAUUCAUCAACUAUGUGACAUAUUGGCUGUAUUAUGCUGUUCUGGGCAGUCAAUAUUAACCACCCCA